CCGACACAGUGUCACAGCAGUCGAGCGUUUGCCUUCGCCUUUCUUCCUGGGCAGUGAUGGUAGCAGGCAGCAGAGUGCUUCGCCUAGCAGCGGCUGCUGCAACGACGGCUGUGGCAACAUGCUUCGCGUGCUCUGCAAGUACCGGCCACAGCGGUGCUGCCACUGCCCCACACAGCUCAACCACUUCCGCUGAUAGCAUUAUGAUAACUCCGCGAGCCGUAUCGCCAACAGCAGCUUUAGCGACUGGAGGGCGGGGUGCUCCCGACGUCGGCAACAGAAGGAGAUCGGCGCGUCGAUCGUCGACGCUGGCGCGAGCGAUGGCGUCGACUCAGGAAGAGUCUGUGUUGCGCACGCGUGGCGGUGGGGGUGGUGAUCUGGGAGACGCUGACACAGGCCUUUCCGAGACGGACCCGGAAGUUUGGGAGAUUAUCACCGCGGAGCGGAGGCGACAGGUGUGCAGCAUCGAGCUCAUCGCGAGCGAGAACUUCGCCUCCGUGGCGGUGCUGGAAGCUCUCGGUUCGAUCAUGACCAACAAGUAUAGCGAGGGCCUGCCGGGAAAACGCUACUACGGAGGGAACGAGCAAGUGGACAGGAUGGAGACCCUUUGCCAGGACAGGGCCCUUUCUCUCUUCGGCCUGGACCCGGCAGAAUGGGCGGUGAACGUCCAGCCGUACUCGGGGAGCCCCGCCAACUUCGCGGUGUACACGGCCCUCCUGAAGCCGCACGACCGCAUCAUGGGGCUGGACCUCCCCUCGGGGGGUCACCUCACGCACGGGUACUACAGCGACAAGAGGAAGGAACGAUUGGCCAUCGGUGAUCGGUCCUGUGGGAACAAUGCUCCGUCCUCUCGAGGACGCGUGGUCAAUGGUCUAACCGCCAAGGUCAGCGCUACGAGCAUAUAUUUCGAGAGCCUGCCCUACCAGGUGGAUCAAGAGACCGGUCUCAUCGACUACGAGGGUUUGGAGCGCCAGGCGAGGCUUUUUCGGCCGAAGCUGAUCAUCGCGGGGGCUAGCGCGUACUCCCGAGAGUGGGAUUACGCGAGAAUGCGGAAGAUCGCUGACGAAGUCGGUGCCUACCUGAUGACGGACAUGGCACACAUCUCAGGACUAGUCGCCGCCGGGGAGGCGAACGACCCUUUCCCCCACAGCCACGUCGUCACUUCCACUACCCACAAGAGCCUCCGGGGGCCCAGAUCCGGCCUUAUAUUUUCGAGGCGCAACGAAGGCAUCAACGACCUGGUGGAUUUCGCGGUGUUCCCAGCGUUGCAGGGCGGUCCUCACAACCACCAGAUCGCUGCCCUCGCCGCAGCCCUCAAGGAAGCGGCCAGCCCGGAUUUCAAGAGUUAUAUCAAGAAGGUGAAGACCAACGCAAAAGCUUUGGCGGCGGGACUACGGGCUAGGGGACACGAGGUGGCCACGGACGGCACGGAUAACCACCUGCUGCUGUGGGAUCUCCGCCCCAGGGGGCUGACCGGAUCGAAGAUGGAGAAGCUCCUCGAGGCCUGCAGUAUCUCGGCCAACAAGAACACGUUGUACGGGGACAAGAGCGCAGCAUCCCCGGGCGGGGUACGGCUAGGAACUCCCGCCAUGACCACCAGAGGCCUGGACGAAACUGACUUCAGAGAGACCGUAGCGGGUUUUCUGGAUAGAGCGGCGUGUUUAGCUUGCGCCGUGCAGGAGAGAGCCGGGUCGAAGAAACUCACGGCGUUUGUCACGGAGAUGGACGCCGACGAAGGGGUGAGGGAGUUAAAGGGAGAGGUGGAGGCGUUCGCCGAGAGGUUUUACUAUCCGGGAGGGGCCGAGGGGGCCCAGCGGUGA